UCACGCUUCAGUUCUCGUGCGCGCGCUUCUCUUCUCCUGAGCUGUUCAGACCAGUAGAAAUAACACUGCGGAACACAAAAAAGAAAUAUCUAUGCAUGUGUAUAAUAUUGUUAACUGAUAGUCUGAAUUAAAAUAAUAAUAAUAAUUUAAAAAAAAAACCCAAACAAACAUGGAUUUUCUCAUCGGGAGUCCGUUCUCCUCUCCGGUUGGCCAGCUUAUCCAGAAAGCCACUAGGGGCUCUCUAGAGAGCGAGAAUUGGGGCAUGAACAUGGAAAUCUGUGACAUCAUCAACGAGACAGAUGAAGGACCCAAAGAUGCAAUGAAAGCCAUAAAGAAGCGAAUUGUGGGAAAUAAAAAUUUCAGAGAGGUCAUGCUGGCACUGACAGUUCUCGAGACGUGCGUGAAGAACUGCGGCCAUCGUUUUCACGUCUACGUGUGCACCCGGGACUUUGUAGAAGGAGUGCUGGUCCGAACCAUUCUCCCCAAAAACAAUCCCCCCAUGGUCUUACACGACCGAGUCUUAAGCCUCAUUCAGGCGUGGGCUGAUGCUUUCCGGAAUGUUCCAUCACUAUGUGGUGUGGUGUGUGUGUAUGACGAUCUGAAGAAGAGAGGCCUGGAGUUUCCUAUGACUGACCUGGAUGCUCUGUCGCCCAUACACACCCCAAUCAGGAGCACUCCGGAAAACAGUACACCUGCCCCACCUGCUGCAGUACCCACAAUGCACACGGCCAAUGUGGAAAGCACACAGGCGUCACAUAUUCCCCAGACAAACGGCGCACCUGCACCUAUCUCACCUGAACAGAAACAGAAGCUAAGGGCAGAAUUGGACCUAGUGAAGGGAAACCUGACGGUAAUGACAGAGAUGCUGAACCAGCUCAGACCAGGAGAGAGCUCACCAGCAGACACAGGGCUACUGCAGCAGUUGUAUUCAGUAUGUAAGAGCAUGCAGAAUCGAGUAGUGGAGCUGAUCCCCAGUCUGUGUGAGGAAGAGCUGAUUGGAGAAUUGCUCAUUAUCAACGAUGAUCUUAACAAUGCUUUCAUACGCUACGAGAGGUUUGAAAGGUUGAGCACAGUCCAAAGAACACCCACAGAACAACAGAUGGCAGGAAACCUUAUCGACCUUAGCUCGGUUUCAGCACCAGCCAAUCAGACGUUACUUCCACCUGUCAGCGAGCCAGUGACCCAACCUACAUCUAAUCCCAUAAUGAGUGCAGCUGCAAGAGAUGAUGAUGAAGAAUUUGAUAUGUUUGCUCAGACGAGAGGAAGUUCACUGGCUGAGCAGAGAAAGAGUGUUAGAUACGAGGAUCCUGGUGCAGUAGAGGGGCUAGCAGAAGCGCUGGACACUCGGCUCCAGGUCACAGCAGGGCAUGAGUGUAAGAAGGAUGAGGCAGGUGACUGGAGUCGUCAGUCUCAGUGGAUAUACAGUGAGACACUGAUACCAGCACCACAGAGUACUGCUAUGGAUGACAUUGAGCAGUGGUUGUCUUCAGAAACGUAUGAUGAUUAUGAUGAUGGAGAAGAUGGUGUUACCAGUGAAGAGUUUGACAAGUUUUUAGCACAGAGGGCGAAAGCAGUGGAACACCUCCCUACUGUGCAGAAAAGCUCCACGACUCCUGCGAACCCUCGACAAUCAGCACAGAAACAGGAGAGCAGUCAGGAUCAACUAUUCACCCUCUAACACACUCAGGUUAAUGGAGGAAGCGCAGAGACACAGGUAGCACAAAAUGCACUGCUUAGAAGUGGCCAUUUUCACCUAACUGCCUUUUUAGCUUUUUGUACAGAACUGCUGUGUGUACCGUGCCUUUUCAUUGAACAUUAUGAUCAUUUCAUCCAAUGACUAAAAGAUUAAUUGUAAGAAAGCCAUUGAAGAAAAGGUCAAAAUGUUUUGUGUCCGCUUUACUGUAUUUAAAUGCACAAUUCCCCCACACUAACUAACCAGCAGUGGCUGUUUACAUGUAGAGAUUUUUGUCACUCAAAUGAAUUAUUUCCGAUUAUGCAUUCCCAGAAGAAUGUACACCAUAGCCUAAAUUCCGCAAUCUUCGUUUACAUAGGUUGCAUGUAAUCUGAAGAAAACGUGUGCAUAUGCAAAGAGCAUGAUUUAGUGUCAAUAACAACAAGAAGUACCUCGUAAUAUGUAGCUUGCAUUAGGUGAUUAUUUUAUUUUAUUUUUAAAAAAACAAGUUUUCAGUUGUGUCUUUUCCAACAAAUUAUAUAUUCAUCAAAUGUACGUUAGACAAAAGGAAAAAAAAAAAAAACACAAUAGAAACCCUCAUAGAGCAUGUAAUGGUUAUAAUGGGAGUUGUAUUGGUUUUAAUGGAAACUGUAAUGGUCCCUGUGGUUCUGUACUGGUAACUUGUUGCCUUCUGUUGGUGUUCUCCCUUCUACUGGAUACCAUUAAGGACCAAUAAUGGUAAUGGUUGUAAUGGAUAGCUGAUGGUUUGUAAUGGUAUUUGUAGUGGAAACCAUUUGAAUUUCGGUGAUGGUUUCUAUUGUUCUGGGAGGGGGGGGAGGUUUCAGCAGGUUAAAUGAUUUGUCCUUUGCAACAUCAGCCCAUGCCAUACACGAAAGACCGGAUGCAAAUAUUCCAAAUUUGAAAGUAAUCGGAUUCAACAGUUCACUAUAUCAGAUAAUUAAAAGGAUUUCCAACCUGUUUAAUCAGUUUAAUGUUUUUAUUUAUUUACUAUUACUAAAUUACUAAACUUCAUGUAAAUAUAGCUAAUGUCCUAAAUUGUGGGUUUAUUAAUUAGCAGAUAGAGCUGUCUAGCUGUAGAAUAUCUAUAAAAUAUUAUUUAGUAUAAAGCCCCAAUCGGAAGCUAGUGAAAGUUGAUUGUUGUUAGACAAAUCAUAGGUUCCUAGAUUUUCUGUGAGAUGCCCUUUAGGCUAUAAUUCUAACUUCUCAAAAACUAUCAUACUGUCUCUCACACACACACACGCACACACGCACUCGCACUCUUUGACACAUUGUCAAGCGGAUAGGGGAAUCUGAAAAUUUCAAUGACAAGACAGUCAGCCAGAAACCGUGACCAUUACGCACUCUCUCACACAUACACAUAUUCUCUUACACACACUAUCAAACCAAAAUGAUAGUUUGACGGUGUGUUUAAGAGGUGUCAUAUUGUGGGAAGCUUUUAAUUUUUAACAUGAUGGUGUUUGUGUGUAAGAGGGUGUAAUAUAUAUAUAUUGCCAAAUUUAAUUUUAGGGCUUUUCAUCAUUUUUCAUUCCAUGACUAAUAAUACAGUUGUUACUGUUAAUUCUGUUGCACUGCUAAAGCGCUUACUCACUUAUGCUGUGUUUUGUCUUGUUCUGAUCGCUCUAAGUCAGUCUUACGUACUGGCUAUCACUUCACUAAACUGCCUUACUGUGAUUACAGUUCAGCUCUCUGGUCUAUGAGGUGUAGAAAAAUAACUAUGUGAUGAGUGACACUGCGAUGUACUUCUGUUUGAAAUAGUUGAAUUUGAAUGAAUAACCUGUAGAUUACAGGACUGUUGUAUUGUGUUGUACUGUCAAACUCUUAAGUUUAAUUUAUUGUACAUCUGUGAUGGAUUCUAAAUGAAUAUUAAUAUGACCACGAUCUAAGGUAAUAUUGUGAUUGAUGUUUGGUAAAUUAAAAAGAUGUUGUGCUUGUCUGUA